AUCCUUUCCUCGUCCGUCUGUUCACGGGAGCCGGUCUUCCUCCCGUUUCUUCCUCGAGUUGGGCCGCUCUCCGCCUCUCCCCCACGGAGCAGCUGCCCCGCGGCCGCCGCCGCCACCGCCCCCAGGAGUCGGCUCCCGGCGCCCCGCGGCCGGCACCCCGCGGCCGUCGCCCCCAGGAUCCGUCGCCCCAAAGGAUCCGCCGCCCAAAGGAGCCGGCGCCGCCAGGAUCUGCCGCCCCAAGGAGCCGCCGCCCCUACCGCGCCGCCGUCGGCGAAGCGCGUCCUCCCCUCCUCUGCACGCCCGAUCCAGAGAUCUUUUGGGCCCGUAUUUGGGUUCUUCCUGAGGUGGUUGAUACCCCUUGAAGCAACCCAGGCAGCAGUGGGUGUAGUAGUCUGUCUCCUAGCACUGGAUGUACAGGGCACAGGAGCAGUACAAAAACAGGGGGUAACGGGAGUACCGUGAGAUAACGGAGGGACAGGAUAAGAGAUGCUGGCAGGGGCAUAAGCGUCCAUCCAAGUUAAAAAAAUGAGCUGCAGAUUUUGUGAACUGGUCAAAUGAGCUGAAAUGGCAUUAUAGCGUGAAGGACAACGUUGAUAAGGACAUUCCAGCGAAACCCACAAGUUCGAUGGCAUUCCAGUGAAACCCGCUUUCCAUAGGGGCAAAAUUCCAAUUUUCUCUUUUUGUGUACUCCGAGAACAAGUCCACCAAAAUUCCAAAACCCCACGUCGCAUCGCGCCGCCGCCAGUGCCGCUACUGCCGAGAAAUUUGCGGCGAUGGCCAUGGCCCGGCGUUCAGCCUCCCAUCUCCUCUCCUCCUUCCGCCCUUUCUCCCUCCUCCUCCAGCCGCCCCUCGCUGAUGCCCCUUCGCCGGCGGCCGCGGCCGCGGUGGCCUCGGCUCGGCGUGCGCUGUCGUCGGCGUCGGCCCUGCGGGCGCGGGACGAGAAGGACGCGGCGCAGUGGCGGGAGUCGAUGGACCGGAUGCGGAACAUCGGCAUCUCCGCGCACAUCGACUCCGGGAAGACGACGCUGACAGAGCGGGUCCUCUACUACACCGGCCGGAUCCACGAGAUCCACGAGGUUCGCGGGCGCGACGGUGUUGGUGCCAAGAUGGAUUCCAUGGACCUCGAGCGCGAAAAGGGAAUCACCAUCCAGUCCGCUGCCACCUACUGCACCUGGAAUGGGUACCAGGUUAAUAUUAUUGAUACUCCAGGUCACGUGGAUUUCACCAUUGAGGUUGAAAGGGCACUCCGUGUUCUUGAUGGUGCUAUGCUUGUGCUAUGUAGUGUUGGUGGCGUACAAAGUCAGUCGAUCACUGUUGAUAGGCAAAUGAGAAGAUAUGAAAUUCCAAGGGUUGCGUUCAUUAACAAGUUGGACCGUAUGGGAGCUGAUCCAUGGAAGGUUCUUAACCAGGCACGUUCCAAGCUCCGGCACUACAAUGCAGCUGUACAAGUACCCAUAGGAUUAGAAGAGGAGUUUGAGGGUCUUGUUGAUCUUGUAGAAAUGAAGGCUUAUAAGUUCGAGGGUUCUAGUGGCCAGAAUGUCACUGCAUAUGAUGUCCCAUCGAACAUGGCGGAUCUAGUCAAUGAGAAGCGACGUGAAGUUAUUGAAGUUGUUUCUGAAGUAGAUGAUCAGCUUGCUGAAGCUUUUCUCAAUGAUGAGCCAAUAACAGCUAAUCAGCUUAAGGCGGCUAUUCGAAGAGCAACAGUGGCACGAAAGUUCAUACCAGUUUACAUGGGAAGUGCAUUCAAAAAUAAGGGUGUUCAACUACUUCUUGAUGGUGUGCUGGACUAUCUACCAUGCCCAUUGGAGAUUGACAACUACGCCCUUGAUCAAAACAAAUCGGAAGAGAAGGUAUUAUUGGCUGGGACUCCAGCUGAGCCACUUGUGGCAUUAGCGUUUAAGCUAGAAGAAGGACGUUUUGGUCAGCUGACAUAUCUAAGAAUUUAUGAUGGUGUGAUACGGAAGGGUGACUUCAUAUACAAUGUCAAUACAGGGAAGAAAAUCAAAGUUCCUCGCUUGGUAAGGAUGCACUCCAAUGAGAUGGAGGAUAUUCAAGAAGCACAUGCUGGCCAAAUUGUUGCUGUUUUUGGUGUUGAUUGUGCAUCAGGCGAUACAUUUACAGAUGGAACAGUGAAAUAUACUAUGACUUCAAUGAAUGUCCCUGAACCUGUGAUGUCCUUGGCAGUUUCGCCUAUAUCUAAAGAUUCUGGAGGACAAUUUUCAAAAGCUCUUAAUCGCUUCCAAAAGGAGGAUCCUACUUUCCGUGUGGGUUUGGAUCCGGAGAGUGGCCAGACAAUUAUUUCAGGGAUGGGUGAGCUGCAUUUGGAUAUAUAUGUUGAACGUAUUAAGCGAGAGUACAAGGUGGAUGCGAAGGUAGGGAAACCUCGCGUUAACUUCAGGGAAACCAUCACUCAGCGCACCGAAUUUGAUUACUUGCACAAAAAGCAAUCUGGUGGUCAAGGUCAAUAUGGACGAGUUUGUGGGUACGUUGAACCUCUUCCAUCAGGUUCUGAUGGUAAAUUUGAAUUUGACAACAUGAUUAUCGGACAAGCAAUUCCUUCAAACUUUAUACCAGCAAUAGAGAAGGGUUUUAGGGAAGCUUGUAAUUCGGGUUCAUUGAUUGGGCAUCCUGUUGAAAAUAUUAGAAUUGUUUUGACUGAUGGGGCUUCACAUCAAGUGGAUUCCAGUGAACUUGCUUUUAAGCUAGCUGCUAUCUAUGCUUUUAGACAGUGUUACACUGCUGCCAAACCUGUAAUAUUAGAACCUGUGAUGAAGGUCGAACUGAAAUUUCCGACCGAGUUCCAGGGAACAGUAACUGGCGACAUGAACAAGAGAAAAGGGAUCAUAGUUGGAAAUGAGCAGGAAGGUGAUGACACAAUUGUAGUUUGCCAUGUUCCUCUAAACAAUAUGUUCGGAUAUGCAACAGCGAUUCGAUCAGUGACUCAGGGUAAAGGAGAAUUUACAAUGGAGUAUCUAGAGCACAAUAUUGUCUCGCAAGAUGUACAGAUGCAAUUAGUGAAUUCAUACAAGGCGGCCAUGGGCACAGAGUGAUUCUUCUGGACUACAGAGGAACAAAUUUUGUUUACAGUUUAUAUGUUAACUUGCAAUGAUUCAUACUAAAUGGUUUGAAGCAAAAAUACAAGUAUGCUGCUAUAGUCUGCAAUCCCUUGGUACAAUUAUACAAACAUCCAUUAGAAAAUGUCGGAAUUUGCUCAUAUUUCAUUUGUAAUGAUUAUCAUGUAGUGCAGUCUUUUUCGAGUCUCAGAAAGAAUAUAUUGCUACACA